AUGAUAGUGGCUCAAGCACUACGAAUGAUUUACAUAUUAAAAAAGUCCCAAGUAAGAAAAAUUAUAAGAAAAAACGGCAAAAUUCAUCUAGUAGUGAUGCAAGUGAAUUUGAUGACUAAUUCAUCCGAAUCUGAAUUUGAAGCUGCUGGAACUGUAGCAAUAGAAGAUGAUUAUGUAAUUGUAGUGUAUUUUCCAGAACUUAAUAAAAAAAGAGAUGAAAAUCGAAUAUGUGGUGCAUUAGUAUUAGCAUUGCGCGAACAUGAUGAAACCGAAGAAUCCAAAAAUAAAGGAGUGUUCCGAGAAUUGAUAGAUUUAAGUUCUGAAUUAGAAGGAACAUUUCAACAAAGCAACAGUAUUUAA